AUGGAAUAUCUCCAAUCCUGGUCAGCUAGAUACAUCAAGGACCUCAAGGAAAACAUACUCCCCUUCUGGUUAAAGAAUGGCUUAGAUAAGAAGCACGGAGGUGUUUACACAUGCUUAGAUCGCACUGGCAAACUCAUGGAUACAACCAAAUCCGUCUGGUUCCAGGGCAGAUUUGCAUAUGUCCUUGCUACAGCAUACUCCCAGGUUGAGCAAAACCCAGAAUGGCUUGCUGCCUGCAAGAGCUGCUUAGAUUUCAUCGAUAAGUACUGCUUCGAUUCCGAUGGACACAUGUACUUUGAGAUCACAGAUGAUGGUAAGGGAAUUAGAAAGCGCCGCUAUGUCUUCUCUGAGAGCUUUGCAGUUGUUGCAUAUGCUGCCUACGCAAAAGCCGCUAAGGAUGAUGAAUACGCCAAGAAGGCACUUGAUCUCUUCAAGCGUAUGCAGAAAUUCCUCUCCACACCAGGAUUCUUACCACCAAAGUGUGAAUCUUGGGUUCAUCAGAUUGGACACUCAAUCACAAUGAUCAUGCUCAACACAGCUGCCCAGGUCAGAAAGGUCAUUUCUGAUCCAUGCCUUGACAAGCAGAUUGAUGACUCAAUCAAACUUCUCAAGGAGAAAUUCAUGAAGCCAGAAUUCGAAGCUUUACUCGAAACAGUUGGCGAGAACGGCGAGUUCGUUGAUACAUGCUCUGGCAGAAUUAUCAACCCAGGCCAUUGCAUUGAAACAGCUUGGUUCUUGAUCGAAGAGGCAUGCUACAGAAACAGAGAUCCAGAGAUCAUGAAGAUGGCCCUUACAAUCCUCGAUUGGAGCUGGAAGUGGGGCUGGGAUGAGCAAUAUGGUGGCAUCAUUAACUUCAGAGAUUGCAAGAACUUCCCAUGCCAGGAUUACGCUCAGGACAUGAAGUUCUGGUGGCCACAGACAGAAGCUAUCAUUGCAACACUCUACGCUUACUACGUUACCAAGGAUCAGAAGUAUCUUGACUGGCACAAGAAGAUCAGCGACUGGACAUAUGAGAAGUUCCCAGAUACAGAAUGCGGCGAGUGGUACGGCUACUUGCACAGAGAUGGCACUGUUGCUCAGAACGCAAAGGGCAACAUUUUCAAAGGCCCAUUCCAUAUCCCACGUAUGAUGAUCAAGGCUCAUGAGCUUUGCGAACUCAUCAUUAAUGAAAAGAAGUAA